GCUCUCCUGGCUGUCCGCCCAAAAGCAUAUGUCGUUCUGCUUCCCAGCAUGCAGAGAUUAAAGACGAGAAAGAAAUUUUGGAAAUCAACUUGUCUCCAUUGAAGCAAAGUGGAAACAGCAUUAACAGAUACAAUGGUGAACCUGACCGGAUAGAAAGGAAUGACAUCUCUUACAGAAACAUUCAGGACAAAUCUUAUUUGUCACAAGAAAGCAGCUAUCUGGUCACACAGUAUAGCCUUCGCCCAAGAAAAGAAGAGAUCAAAUUUGAAUAAAUUAUUUCUUGAGAAGAGAGAAAUGUUGCAAAAGAACCAAAAUCAAUAAGAACUUUUGACAUGACAUCUACAGAACCAGAGGAAUUAGAGUUUGGAGGAGGGAUUGGAGCUUUUUCCAUUAUGAUUGGUCUGCCGGUUAUGCUUUUUAUGUUAUUGUUGAUGUGUAAACAGAAAGAUCCCAGUUUUGUGAAUCUUCCUCCUCCAUUGCCAUCUUUGGCUAGUUUAUGGGAAACCAGAGUAUUUGGAGUUUGUCUGCUUUGGUUUUUUCUUCAAGCCCUCUUCCAUCUACUGCCAAUUGGAAAGGUAGUAGAAGGAACACCUCUUUAUAGUGGAAGAAGACUGAAGUAUAGAUUAAAUGGAUUCUAUGCUUUUAUCCUGACAUCUGUAGUCAUUGGAACAUCUUUGUACUGGGGUAUAGAGCUCUAUUAUGUGUAUGACCACUUUCUUCAGUUUGCAGUUGCAGCUACAGUUUUUUCUGUAGCCUUGAGCAUUUAUCUCUAUGUGCGGUCCUUGAAAGCAUCCAACAAUGAGCUCUCUCCAGGAAAAUCAGGAAAUAUCAUCUAUGAUUUCUUUAUUGGCCGUGAAUUAAAUCCACGAAUUGGACAUUUUGACCUCAAAUACUUCUGUGAAUUGCGUCCAGGAUUGAUUGGUUGGGUUGUUAUUAAUUUAAUAAUGCUUUUGGCAGAGAUGAAGGUCCAAGGUCGUGACACCCCGUCUUUAGCAAUGAUAUUGGUUAACAGUUUCCAGCUUUUAUAUGUUGUGGAUGCUCUUUGGCAUGAGGAGGCUUUGCUGACAACAAUGGACAUUAUGCAUGAUGGAUUUGGGUUCAUGUUGGCAUUUGGAGAUUUGGUAUGGGUGCCAUUUGUUUAUAGUCUACUUCCAGUUUGUGUCUGA